AUGUUUUGCCCCGUCCGUUCCCUCGUGUCCCUCGGCCCACUCGUCUCCGCGCAGUCCGCCGGGGUUCUACCACCGGCAGGGGCACGGAACGGGGACGAACAAGUGGCUGAUCUACCUGCAGGGUGGCGGGUGGUGCUACAGUGUCACGGGCUGCAGCUUCCGCGCAACCACCGCCGGGGAGCCGUCUUAACCGAGAUACACAAGGUGCUCUCCUCCCUCUGCGACAAGCACUCGCUCCCCCUCGCCCAGACCUGGAUCCCUUCCUCCUGGGUCCGCCUCACCAAACCUCCCGCCGCUGCCGAGCCUGCGGCUUGGGGGCUGGCUCGGGGGAGCGCGGGGCCGGUAGGGGCGAACAUGCGGAGCAGUGUGGGGGUGGGGUGGAGCAUGCGACGAGAGGGCGCGGGGCGGGGAAAGGGGGCAGUUGACGUGGGGAGCCUACAGGAAGAUGUGUUUGAGGUUUUCCAUGUUGGUGGAGCGGGUAGAGGAGGAGAAGCAGCGGGGAGAGGAGGGGUAGGAGACGGGGAGGAGGAGCAGAGAGGGGAGGGAGGGGAGCAGCAGGGAGGGGAGGCACAAGGAGCAGAGGAGGAGCAAGGGGAGGAGGACGCAGUAACACUGUUUACAGCAGACAUGCCGAGCUGUGUGGCAGACCUCCGCAUGUGGGGGUUCCGCCAGGCGUGCUGCGACCACCAACUGCAGGCCGCCCAGGGCUGCCCCGGCCGAGCCAUGACCUCCAACGCCCCCGCCUUUUGCGACGACCUGCAGCUCCUCUCAAAGGAGCAGUACCCUUUAGUGCACUAUGCGCGCAUGUUCGGGCUGCGAGCGGCUGUUGCCAUCCGGCUGCGGUCGGUUUUGAGCAAGGAAAUGGACUAUGUUUUGGGCUGCCAACCAAUAGAGCUUCCCAACUCAGCACAGUGGUGGGGGGCAAUAUUGCUGGUCAGUGGGCCUCACCUCACCACGCCUUGCAGUCGCCCUCUAUGCACUUGUCGCUGCCUUGUCCCACCUCCGCCACUCGCUGUCCGCCUGCCCAACAGCGAUCACAGCGCCCUCCCCUCCCCGCACCCCCUCGUCCACCUCACCUGGCGAACACGCGUCGUUUGUCGCAGCGGAGGGCAGCGCCGCGCGCUCCUCCGCGCGCUCCUCUGCGCGCACUUCCGCGCGCACUUCCGCGCGCACAGCAAAUUACAGUCGCAAGCAUGCCACCCGCAGCUCAUCCCCACUUGCCUCCACUCACGGCCAUCAGCGUCAGUGGUAAGCCUACGAGUGGGUCUAAGGGGUGGCCCUUGCGGUGCGGACAACUCUUCACUCGCUGUCCCCUUUCCCCUCCCACAACCCCACCCUCCUUUUACCCUCCCUCCCUCCCCCUCCACUCACGGCCAUCAGCGUCAGUGGUUCCUCACAGCGAGCGAGCGGGGCAUGGUGGAGCAGAGGUGGAGCAGAGGUGGAGCAGAGGUGGAGCAGAGGUGGAGCAGAGGUGGAGCAGAGGUGGAGCAGAGGUGGAGCAGAGGUGGAGCAGAGGUGGUGCCCUUGCUAGAGCAGAGGUGGGCGUACUGCGGCGGCGCCACCAGGCCAGCUGCUUCCUCCCUGCCACCGCCCCGCCGCGGCCGCCACCCGUGGGCGCUCGUGGCACUCGAAUGGGAGGGAAGAAGGGCGGAGGGGAGGGGAGGAAGGGGGACGCUAACUCACUCACCGCCCUCCCCGCACCACUGCCACUCACCCGCACCCCGCCUCCCACUGCCACUCUCCCGCGUUCCCCCCGUCACUGCCACUCUCCCGCCUUCCCCGCAUCACUGCCACUCACCCGUCCCCCUCCCCGCGCCAUCGCCAUUCACCGCCCUCGCCAUCGCCGCUCACCCCCCCUCACUGCGCCAUCUCCCGCACCGGUCACCAGCGGCGAUGCCCGCAUCGCCCGCGCCGCCUGCAGCCGCUGCGCGCCACGUCCUCCGCCUGCGGGGGAGAGCGCGCGCUGCGCUUGGCGGAGUGGCACAGCAGUCGGUGUGGAAGGGGGACGCGGCGGCUAGCGAGUGCGCAGAGGAGAGUAGGCGCGCGGGGGGCAAGGGGCGCGUGGAAGAAAGGCCCGCGCGGAGUUGCGAAGCUGGCGCGGAAGACAGGGUCACAGGGCGGGAUGAAUGA